AUGUCCGCUCCUGUUUUCAAGCACACCUUUGACCACGCCGGUUACAAGGGCACCGUCGAGGUUCCCGUCGGCCUCUACAUCGACGGCAAGUGGGUCAACUCGGUCGACAAGAACGCCAAGACCAUCCCCGUCGUCAACCCCUCCACCGGUGAGAAGCUCCUCGACCUCCCCGAGGGUCUCGAGGCCGAUGUCGAGCUCGCCAUCACCGCUGCCCGCAAGGCCUUCAACGAGGUCUGGGGCCUGAACACCCCCGGCUUCAAGCGUGGCGAGGUCCUCAUCAAGGUCGCCGAGCUCAUGGAGCGUGACGCCGACAUCCUUGCCUCGCUCGAGGCUCUCGACAACGGCAAGACCUUUGGCGCCGCCAAGGGCUUCGACGCCGCCGAGGCCGCUGCCUGCUUCCGCUACUACGCCGGUUGGGCCGACAAGGUCCACGGCAAGGUCAUUGAGCAGUCGAACGACAAGCUCACCUUCACCCGCCACGAGCCCGUCGGUGUCUGUGGCCAGAUCAUCCCCUGGAACUUCCCCCUCCUCAUGUUCGCCUGGAAGCUCGCCCCGGCUCUCGCUUCGGGCUGCACCAUCGUCAUCAAGCCCUCCGAGCUUACUCCCCUCACCGCCUGCUACAUGACCAAGAUCCUCAAGGAGGCUGGUAUCCCCGACGGUGUCGUCAACGUCGUCAACGGCUACGGUCCCACCGUCGGCAACGCCCUCUCGGGCUCGAACACCAUUGACAAGGUCGCCUUCACCGGUUCGACCGCUGUCGGCCGCAAGGUCAUGGAGUCGGCUGCCAAGUCCAACCUCAAGAAGGUUACCCUCGAGCUCGGUGGUAAGGGUGCCAACAUCAUCUUCGACGACUGCAACCUCGACGACGCCGUCCGCUACGCUGCCCAGGGUAUCUUCUUCAACCACGGCCAGACCUGCUGCGCCGGUUCGCGUAUCUACGUCCAGCGCGGUAUCUACGACGAGUUCGUCAAGAAGUUCGUCCAGGUUACCAAGAAGGUCCAGGUCGGCGACCCCUUCGCCCCCGACACCUUCCAGGGUCCCCAGGUCUCGCAGACCCAGUACGACCGUAUCAUGAACUACGUCGAGUGCGGCAAGCAGGAGGGUGCCAACGUCAUCACCGGUGGUGUCCGCCACGGCAAGACCGGUUUCUUCAUCGAGCCCACCGUCUUCACCAACGUUAAGCCCGGCAUGAAGAUUGUCGAGGAGGAGAUCUUCGGCCCCGUCGUCGUCGUCGCCGUCUUUGACACCGAGGACGAGGUCAUCGCCGCCGCCAACGACUCGAUCUACGGUCUUGCCUCGGGUGUCUUCUCGCAGAACAUCACCAAGGCUCACCGCGUCGCCGCCCGCCUCCACGCCGGUACCGUCUGGGUCAACUGCUACAACGAGCUCCACUCGCAGGUUCCCUUCGGUGGCUUCAAGUCCAGUGGAAUCGGCCGCGAGUUGGGAGAGUACGCCAUGGAGAACUACACCGAAAUUAAGGCGGUGCACGUUCGCCUUACUGGCUACGUCGGCCCCGUUCCCCCCCUGUAA